CUAUGGUUGACCAUGUGGGAUCCAGCUCCCUCAAUCACUGUGCUACCAGGGCUCACUUUCUUCUGUAAAAGUGGUUCUGAGUAUGGUCAGCAGCAGCAGUACCACUUGGCAACUUGUCAAAUCAAAUUCAGAGAUCUCAGAUCUAUUGAAUCAGAAACUCUGGAGGACAAGCUCUGCCUCCCCUCGUCUCUAUUAAUCAGUUUUUAUAAAUAUCCUCUUUAUGUUUUCCGUUAUUUGCAAUUGUAAAGGAUGACACAUGCUAAACAUUUUCUUAUUUCUUCAUCUUUGGGCUCAGAUCCUAUUAUUUCUUUAGUUAGGAAAUUAUGGGAUCAAAGAAUAUUCUAUGGAGCUUUUUCUUUGUUCUGUUGCUGGUUGUUAGAAGUGAAAAAUUAAAAAAUUGUUUUUGUCUCUUUAGAAAUAUCUUUUGGUUCACAGAAAACAAGAGUAUCUGCUUAUCCAAAAUGGUGAAGACAAUUGGGUCACUUUCAGAAGAAAACCAAGAGAGCACCACAGACUAAUGAGUAGAAUCAAUAAGAACGUGAUUUUGGGCCUUUUAACGUUGGCAAGUUCUGCGUUUCUGCUCUUUCAAUUGUACUACUAUAAGUACUACUUAUCAACAAAGAAUGGAACUGGUUUAUCAAAAUCCAAAGGAAGUCGAACUGGAUUUGAUAGCACACAGUGGCGUGCAGUUAAAAAAUUUAUUAUGCUAACAUCCAGCCAAAAUGUGCCAGUGUUCCUUAUUGAUCCUUUGAUUCUGGAAUUGAUUAAUAAAAACUUCGAACAAAUCAAAAAUGCUUCUCAUGGCUCCACUUCAGAAUGCAAGUUUUUCUGUGUUCCAAGAGACUUCACUGCGUUUGCACUACAGUAUCACCUGUGGAAAAAUGAGGAAGGCUGGUUUCGGGUAGCUGAGAAUAUGGGAUUUCAGUGCCUAAAGAUUGAGAGCAAAGAUCCCCGGCUAGAUGGGAUAGACUCACUUUCUGGGACUGAAAUCCCCCUGCACUAUAUCUGCAAAUUGGCCACUCAUGCCAUUCACGUGGUGGUCUUUCAUGAAAGGAGUGGCAACUACCUCUGGCAUGGCCAUCUGCGACUCAAAGGGCACAUUGACAGAAAAUUUGUUCCUUUUCGAAAAUUACAGUUUGGUCAUUAUCCUGGAGCUUUUGACAGGCCAGAGUUACAGCAAGUUACUGUUGAUGGAGUAGAAGUUCUCAUUCCAAAAGAUCUAACGCACUUUCUAGAAGAAAUACCACACUCUAGGUUUAUUGAGUGUAGGUAUAAAGAAGCUCGAGCAUUUUUUCAGUACCUUGAUGAUAACACUGUGGAAGCUAUGGCCUUUCGGAAGAAUGCGAAGGAAUUAUUGCAACUAGCGGCAAAGACAUUAAAGAAAUUGGGAGUACGAUUCUGGCUGAGCAGUGGAACUUGUUUAGGAUGGUAUCGGCAAUGCAACAUUAUUCCUUAUAGCAAAGAUGUCGACCUAGGAGUUUUUAUACAGGAUUAUAAAUCUGAUAUUAUUUUAGCAUUUCAAGAUGCAGGACUUCCACUCAAACACAAAUUUGGGAAGGUAGAAGACAGCUUGGAACUAUCCUUCCAGGGAAAAGAUGAUGUAAAACUUGACAUUUUUUUCUUCUAUGAAGAGACUGACCAUAUGUGGAAUGGAGGCACUCAGGCCAAAACAGGAAAAAAAUUUAAAUACCUGUUUCCCAAGUUUACACUAUGCUGGACUGAGUUUGUAGACAUGAAGGUUCACGUACCCUGUGAAACUACUGAAUAUAUCGAAGCCAACUAUGGUAAGACCUGGAAGAUUCCUGUAAAGACAUGGGACUGGAAGCACUCUCCCCCCAAUGUACAGCCCAAUGGAAUAUGGCCUAUUUCUGAGUGGGAUGAGGUUAUCCAGUUAUACUGACAUACUAGGUUGAAAUGGGAGAAUUACCCUCCAGGAAAAAAAAGUAAAGAAAAACUAUUUAAAAAGAUAAACAUGUUUAUUUGUCAAAUAUAAAUGAGAGCCAAAGAAAAACAAUGACAAGUUUGAAGACACUGAGAGUCCUAACUGCUGAGCCAUCUGACUUAAUUCUUUCAUCCAACAUUUACUGUGGAGUUUCUUGUGCCAGGGACAGUGCUAGGUUAUGGUGGAGAAGCAGAGAUGAAUGAGACAAAUGCCUGCCUCUUUUUCCUCUCCCUUUGGUAAGAAUCUCCAUUUUCUUUUGAGAGGAAUACCCUCACCUUUUAAAGAGCUCAAAUAGAACAGUGUAUAUUCUGUAACAGUUUAAAAAAAUGUUUGUUUGGUUGGAAGAUGAACUCAUCAGGCAAACCUAAGGAAGGGUAUACUAUUAGGUUAUCAGGAAAGUCAUGACAUAUUUUUCUGUUUUUCUAUGCAAAAAUGCAUCAAUACUUUCCCAACAACCAAUAGUUAAAAAGAAUAACUUAGUCCAGCUUAGUGGUGCAGUCAGUAGCAAACUGAACUGCAGUGCUAUUUGCUGCAUGGCCAACCUUGGAUUAAGAUGCUUGGGUCAACUUGAAAACAUGCCUGGCAUAUGUGUGCAUAAGUGCCCAGGGUCCUGAUGAACUGGAGAAAGGGAAUCCGGUGUAACAAGGCCCAUCAAGGGUGCCUUAACUCUCAUUUGUGCACACAUGCUCUCUCUCUCUCAUUAAUAAAUUAAACCCUUAAAAAAAAAAAAGAACAAAGAAAACUUGUGUUUGUUCCCAGCAUUUAAGCCAAGAUAUUAGUGCUGCUUUUAAGAUUAUGGAAUAUGGGGCCAGCAGGUAGUGUGGUGGUUAAGGCACUGGAAUUCCCACAUGGCCAGCCACGGUU